AAAUAUAUGAGUUUUUCUACAAAGAACAUCGUAUAACGAAAAUGUACCAUAGAAUUAGCGUUUAGUAUAAUGACAACUUUCUGGUUUCUUUUUUUAAUCGGGAUCCGCCCCAUUUUGUCCCUGACAGAGGCGGAUCUUAAGAGAAGUCUUUUGUCCUCCGCCGUGUAUGAUCCGUCUGUCAGACCCCGGAUCAACGCCUCCCACGCCGUGCACGUCCAGCUGGAUGUCCACGUGGUUUACAUCGUUGGUUUGAAAGAAAAAGAAAGUGCCUUUGAUCAAGCCUGCUUCAUAUAUGUGAGUUGGAGAGACGAGUACUUGACGUGGAACACCAGUGACUACGGUGGCCUGGACAGUUUUGUCGUCCAACCGUCCGUAGUAUGGACCCCGGAUGUCACAGUGUAUGGGAGAUUGGAUAAACAUCUUGGUUUAGAAUUUGGUCAGGUGCGUGUGAAUUCUGAUGGCGUGGUCAACACAAAGUUUCUGGGACUGUUAACAACCCAGUGCGCCAUGAAUUCUGCACAUUUUCCCUUUGACUACCAGCUCUGUGCCUUCUUACUGGGGUCAGAAAUCUACUCACCCAAAGAAGUCGCUAUGGAAAUAAAAUCUGUGGUACAGUUGGAGAGUUCAAAGAAUAAUCCUAACUGGAAUCUGGAUAACGUUCGCAAAAUUGCUGAACCCCCCUAUUACUGGCAGGUUCAAUAUUGUCUUCAACGGAAGUCGCUGUAUCUGGGGGUUCUUUAUAUGGUACCGACUUUCAUGCACGCUGUCCUUAUCCUUAUCUCGUACAUUGUUCCGAGUGAAGCUGGAGAGAAGAUCUCCUUCGGAGUGUCUCUGUUCCUAUCUUUUAUGGUCGUCUUGUUGCAGCUGAACGGAGAUUUGCCUGAAAUGUCAACAGCUGUUCCUGCAUUGGGGAUCCGCCCCAUUUUGUCCCUGACAGAGGCGGAUCUUAAGAGAAGUCUUUUGUCCUCCGCCGUGUAUGAUCCGUCUGUCAGACCCCGGAUCAACGCCUCCCACGCCGUGCACGUCCGGCUGGAUGUCCACGUGGUUUACAUCAUUGGUUUGACUGAAAGAGAUAGCUCCUUUGCCCAAGCAUGUAACAUAUUUGUGAGUUGGAGAGACGAGUACUUGACGUGGAACACCAGUGACUACGGUGGCCUGGACAGUUUUGUCGUCCAACCGUCCGUAGUAUGGACUCCGGAUGUCACAGUGUAUGGGAGAAUGGAAAUAAAUCAACGAAUAGAAUUAGGUCAGGUGCGUGUGAAUUCGGAUGGCAUGGUCAAUGCAAAGUUUUUGGGAAUAUUAGCAACUCACUGCGCCAUGGAUUCUGAAUUUUUCCCCUUUGACUACCAGCUCUGCACCUUUAUCAUUGGAUCCGAAAUAUACUUCACUUCCGAAGUCGCUAUGGAAAUAAAGUCUCUGAGACAGUUGGAGAGUUGUAAGAAUAAUCCUAAUUGGAACCUGGUACAUGUUCGCAAAAAUCCUAAACCCCCCUUCUGGCAGGUUCAAUAUUGUUUUCAACGGAGGUCGCUGUAUCUGGGGGUUCUUUAUAUGGUACCGACUUUCAUGCACGCUGUCCUUAUCCUUAUCUCGUACAUUGUUCCGAGUGAAGCCGGAGAGAAAAUCUCCCUCGGAGUGUCUCUGUUCCUAUCUUUUAUGGUCUUCUUGUUGCAGUUGAACGGAGAUUUGCCUGAAAUGUCAACAGCAGUUCCAGCAUUGGAAAUUUUCUUCAUGCUCCACAUGACAAGCGGGGUUGUAUCCUUAGUAGUAUCCGCCAUUUCUGCUUACAUCACACACAAUAACAGUCAACAGACAGUAUCAGUUAACAAGGUCAAGGACGUAUCCACAGCAACCACCAAUGAGAAGAGAAGAUUUCCCAAUGUACGCCAGCGUUUCAGAGAUACAUCCUUUCUGAACAGAGCCGGUUUUGUCGUGUCUCUGUCUCUCAUAUUGGCGGCAAACCUUGUCAUGUUUAAUGCAAAACUGAAGUCGUCUGGAUGUACGCAGUAGAUGAUGAAAGUUACAGUGUUAUUUAAGGACACAUGAGAAGUUCCUCAAUUAAAAACAAAUUCCAUAAAGGUUAUUCCUUAUUCAUUAGCUUUUUAAUCUGUUAGUGCCCCAAAAUUCAGGGUACAUCACCAUUAUUUUUGAAGUUAGAAUAAUUUGGAUUUUCUUUAUGAGAGCAUGCAAAAUGAAACUUAUUGCUCAUAAUUAAAGUCAUGGUAUAUAAUUUUUGAAAGUUUUAACUUUACAUCCAAAUAGAAAAAUGUUACAUAAUUUAAAAUAUAAUAAUGGAAAUACGUAGUAGAUAUCUUCCCAUCGCGGAGAUAGGAAAAGCAAUUAAAAAUUAACCGAACAGCAAUAAUUCUUUUAAAGACUCCUUUUCAACGUUUGCAGAUCAUUACAACCGACUCAGUUAUUUAACAACAACAAACAAAUAUUUGAUGAUGUGCAAACAUUAAACUUGACAAUUCUAAAGGACCGGAACAAACUGUGCAUUAAAAAUUAGUCACAUCUGAAUUCCGACUUUUGUUAUAACAGCAAAUUUAUACUAUGCUAUCCAAUAUUCUGUCUGUUCUGGAACAAGUAGCUUAGAAAAGAAUGAUAUAAUGAGUUUGUCAUUAAUUUAAUGGAAGCAUAGUUGAGUUGUUAGAUAAAUUAUAUUUAUGGAAGAUAGAUUGCGUCUGACCUAACUUUGAAUUGAUAAAAUUUUAUGUGUAUAUAAUUAUAAACAUCAUGAAUUAAACAAAACUUUGCAACAUUUUUAUGUACACAUUAAAAUGAAAUCCAUGGUGAUAACUUUGUAUUGAUAAAAUUUAGAUGUAUAUAGAUACGUGUACCAUGAAUAAAACUUUGCAACAUUUUAUGUUGCCUGAAGAGCAUGGCGCGGUUUUGCUAUAUGUU